UGUGAUUUGUUUUAUUUUGUCUAUUUAGUGAUUUAGUGUUUCUUCAGGUUUAUUAACGGCGGCUUAUUAACUGUUUAAUAUCUAUGAAAGUGCACAAAUGUGGGAAAAUGAAACAAAGCCACUGGACGUGACUUCUCGGGAUCCUCCAAAAAGUCCACUGAAAAAAUCUCAGUAAAUGACCACCAUUUUACUGAGAUUAUAUUUCAUCCCAUAUCAUCUGAUCUCAUUUCAUUUCAUUCCAUUUCGUUUUCAUUUCAUUUCAUUUUAUGUCAUGUUUCAUAUUAAUCAACUUCAUUUCAUUUUGUAAUAUCAUUCUUCAAAUAUAAAAAAUAUGGUAUUAAAAGAUUAGGCUGUAUGGUAUGAUACCUUUGCCUUUCCAAUUAGAAAAAUAAAACUACUACUACUGCCUAUAGUCCAUAGACCUAUAUAGUACUAUAGUCGGAUUUUUAAUUAGACGAAGCCAGCUGACAGUAGCUAAUGUCACUUUGUGAAAUAAUGUUGCUAUAUUUAAAGUAAUAGUGAUGCGUUCAGUUCUCGUUCAAUCACAUGUAUGAACAAUGAGUGUGAAGAGUUAAUCAUUAAUUUCAAACUAUAAAAAAUAUUAUUUAUAUUUUACAAUCAAAUUGUAUUAAAGUGCUCCAAUAUAUGUUACUAGUAGUAUGUAACUACAAUCAGUUUUUUUUAUUUUCAUUACCUACCCAUAAUUGUUAUAUUUUAUACGUCUAUAAUUUCAACUAUUGUGUUAUUUUUGUAUAAUUUCAACUGUAUUGGAAAUAGGACAGUCUUACAAGCUUCCUCGCAAUGUGUUUCUUAAUGUUUAAAACACUCGGUAUUCAGUACAGGUAGAUACUAUAGGAACAUAAUAUUUCGUCGAAAACUCGUUGGUAUGUACAAAGCACGCCUAAAAUUCGAACCCCGUACCCGAUAUUGGCAAUUCGGCACACCAACUAUUCACUAGACAAUCCAGGCAAUUUCAUUAAUUCAGGAGUUUUUUCAAUCGUUCACUUUGUCACAACACUAUUUUUAUUUCAUCAAAAACUGACAACACAGUAAACGUCAGUUGACUUCGUCUAAUAAAAAAUCCGACUAUACAAGAAAAUAUUUUGAAAAAGUUAAAUAAAUUUUAAAAUUAGUAAAAGAAAGGGCAAUUAAGUAUUUUGCCCAAAAAUUGUCAAAACACUAUGUUCCCAAAUAGUUUAAAAUUAUUAUGGGGUGCUUUACAAAAAUCGAGGUUUGAUAAUGCGGCGUGUAAUAUUCGUGGUGCAUCGCGGCAGCCUAGAUUUCGUCCACCGUAUUGGUAUGUCCCAAAAGAGAGAGUGUGGACAGAUGACUACCUAACUAAAGAAAAUAAACAAUUCUUGGAGGAAGUGAUAAAGGAUAAACUUGAGGCACAGACUGCAUUAGAAAAAAAAGCAUUGACCUCUCCCAUUUUAAACGAUGUCAAAAAAAAUGUAACAUGGACUCCUCAAACAAAAAGAGUGGGACUUAUUGCACGAAAGAUAGGAAACUAUCCAUUAUGGUGUAAAGAUGGUAAAAAGGUAUCCACGACUCUGUUACAGGUUGUUGACAAUCAUGUUAUCAAAUAUAUACCUCCGGAAGAAUACAAACCUAUGAUAAAAUCUAAUGUAAAAUGGGUAGAGAAACAAAAGUAUGGCUGUAUAUUAGUUGGUGCUGAAAACAUCGACCCUAGUGUUGUCACCAAAGAUUACUGUGGAAUAUUUGACAGUGUUGGAAUGCUGCCAAAAAGGCACCUCUGCAGAUUUGUUGUAUCACCAGAAUCUGCUUUACCAAAUGGCACUCCAUUAUAUGCGACUCAUUUUAGAGUUGGGGAUUGUAUUGACAUUCGAUCGAAAACUAUGGAUAGAGGUUUUCAAGGAGUGAUGAAGAGGUGGGGUUUUAAGGGUAUGCCUGCUUCUCAUGGAGUCACCAAAACUCAUAGAAGACCUGGUAAUAUUGGUUCUGGUGGUGAAAAAGCACGAGUUUGGCCUGGAACAAAAAUGCCUGGACACAUGGGUAACAGAUGGAGAACACUGCGUGGUGUUAAGAUUCUCCGUAUUGAUACAAAAUAUAAUGUUAUUUGGACAUUGGGUGUUGCAAUACCUGGUGAAACUGGAGCUAUGUGUUAUCUAUUUGAUACUGUGCUUCCAUUAAAAAGAAACAAAACUGCACCACCUUUUCCUACUCAGCCUUUUAUGAACGAUGUACCAAAAGAGUAUUUUGAAGACACCAUUCAUCCUUUUGAUGAACCUACAAUUUCAUAUUAUGAAGAAAUAUAAUAAAUGAAAAUCUACAAAC